AUGGGUAGCCGAGAGGGGGGCCCCCAGAGGCCCACCCCCGAGGCAGUGCCAGGAGGCUUCGAGCAGAAGUACACAGAUAUGAAUCUGAUUCGCGUGGGACUCCAGGAAUACCCCACCCGGGCCGGAAGCCACUCGCCUGACUUCCGUCUGAGUGAAGACAUAGUGGUCCGUAUCACCUGCUCUGUUGCCCACACCUUGCCUGCUGUCCUUGACCAGUCAUCAUGCCUCGUGGUCAGAAGAGUAAGCUCCGUGCCCGUGAGAAACGCCGUCAGGAAGGCGAAUAUGCUGGUGCAGUUUUUGCUGGACAAGUACAGAACGAAGGAGAUCAUUGGGAAGGGAGAGAUGCUGAAGGUCGUGAACAGAAGGUACAAGGAGCACUUCCCUGAGAUCCUGAAGAAAACCGCCGAUCGCAUGGAGCUGGUCUUUGGCCUUGUCCUGAAGGAAGUCCGCCCCAGAGGUCAGUCCUACACCAUCGUCAGCCAACUCGAUAUUUCCAACCAAGGCACUCAGAGUAGUGAUGGGCCACUUCCCAGGAACGGGCUCCUGAUGCCUCUCCUGGGCAUGAUCUUCAUGAAUAACAACCGUGCCACUGAGGAGGAGGUCUGGGAAUUCCUGAAUAUGGUGGGAGUCUAUGAUGGGAAAAAGCACUACAUCUUCGGAGAGCCCAGGAAGCUCAUCACUGAAGAUUUCAUUAAGGCAGAGUACCUGAAGUACCAGCUGGUGCCCAACAGUGAUCCUCCGUGCCACGAAUUCCUAUGGGGUCCCAGAGCCUAUGCUGAAACCAGCAAGAUGAAAGUCUUGGAGUUUUUGGCCAAGAUCAACGAUACCAUCCCCAGUGCCUUUUCAUACCACUAUGAAGAGGCAUUGAGAGAGGAGCAGGAGAGAGCCAAAACCAGAGUUGUAGCCAGCGCUGACCCUACUGUCAAGGCCAAGGCAUCUGCCGAGGCCAAGUCUGGUAGCCCCCCCACCCCCAGGGAAGUGGUUGAAAAGGGCUAUUCACCUUAG